UGUGUGUCAGUGAAUGUGCCGUCUACAGUAACAGAAGCACUGGCGCGUCAGGACUCUCUGCAGGCGUUCAGCAAGAGCCCGAAGGCCUCGUCUGUGGUUCUGCCGCGCUCCAUGGUGUUCCCGCAGUCGCCCUGCAGCCGGAGCUUCUCUCUGCUGGACCGCAGCCUCCACAGCGACUCCAGCCUGACCUCCAGCAGCUCCAAGCAGCAGCGCGUGCUGGCCAGCCCCACCUCCACCAGCCAGCUCAGCUCCGAGUUCAGCGACUGGCACCUGUGGAAGUGCGGCCAGUGCUUCAAGACCUUCACGCAGAGGAUCCUGCUGCAGAUGCAUGUGUGCACGCAGAACCCCGACAGGCCGUAUCAGUGUGGUCACUGCUCUCAGUCGUUCUCCCAGCCGUCGGAGCUGCGGAAUCACGUGGUCACACACUCCAGCGAUCGGCCGUUCAAAUGCGGAUACUGUGGCCGUGCGUUCGCCGGUGCCACCACACUCAACAACCACAUCCGCACACACACCGGGGAGAAGCCUUUCAAGUGUGAGCGGUGCGAGCGCAGCUUCACUCAGGCAACUCAGCUCAGUCGACACCAGCGGAUGCCCAACGAGUGUAAACCCAUCAGCGAGAGCAGCGAGUCAAUCGAGGUGGAUUAACUGAGGAUGCAGUAUCAGGAAAUAAACACACAUUCACUGAUGAUGCAGGAUCAUGAGUCAACAUCACGGACACUUCAGCAAAACCAAAGAAACACUCAAACACACGCAGACAGCCACACGCAGCAGUCAAACCAGGCAGAGACUGAGCACUGAGGGGCGGAGCCGGGGGCGGGGAUUCAGAUGCAGGAGAUUAUUUAUUC